CGGAAGCUGUUGGUCUGGUUUCGUUUCCGUCUGACCCAGUUAGCGUCUCGCAUUAGCUUCUGUUUUCAGUCUUUUGUCCCACAAUGGACGCAGCUGUCCUCAUUGUUGCAGGGUUUUUUGUUUUUAUAGUGGCUGCUCUGUGAUUUUUCUGCGAUUGAGGGAGCGGUGCAGAGCAAACGAGCGCAGCUGGCUUAGAUUAGUAACAGGCUAGCUGUUGUUAGCCACUUUGAUUUAGCUGCGAUAAAAUGAACUGUAAAGCGUUUCCUCCCGUUUGAACUCUUUUCACUUAGUUUUUUUUUUUCCUCCGCGAAGCUCCACGUUUAGCUGUCUUGGCUUGGCUCGAUUCACACUUGCUGCUCACUUGGAUGAUCACUGUGCCAGGAAGUGAUUCUUCAGCCCCAUGUCUGCUGAGGCUUCAGUCGGCAGUCAUGCUGCCGACUCUGCCCAGCCUGCCGCUUCCCAGCCUUCCUGUCAAAACACUGAUGAGCAAAGAAAUCAGGGUCUGCUGGGGAGCAAGUACAUCAAGUUGAAUGUCGGGGGCUCUCUGCACUAUACCACCGUCCAGACUUUAAGCAAGGAGGACAGUCUGCUGCGCAGCAUAUGCAAUGGAGGAACAGAAGUUACGAUCGACUCAGAAGGUUGGGUGGUUUUGGAUAGAUCUGGUCGGCAUUUCAGUUUGGUUUUAAAUUUCCUGCGAGACGGCUCGGUACCGCUUCCAGAGGACCACAGGGAGCUGGGCGAGGUUCUGAAGGAGGCUCAGUACUAUCGGGUUCAGGGCCUCGUCCAGCACUGCCUCAGUGCCAUGCAGAAACAAAAGGAUGUGUUUGAAAGUGUGUGUCGCAUCCCCAUGCUCACCUCAGCCAAAGAAGAACAGAAGAUGAUUGCUACUUGUAGAAAGCCGGUAGUUAAACUACAGAAUAACAGAGGAAACAACAAAUACUCGUACACAAGCAACUCCGACGAUAACCUGCUGAAGAACAUUGAGCUGUUUGACAAGCUGGUGCUGCGGUUCAAUGGACGUGUCCUGUUUGUCAAAGACGUGCUCGGGGACGAGAUCUGCUGCUGGUCCUUCUACGGCGAAGGUCGCAAAAUCGCUGAAGUGUGCUGCACUUCCAUCGUCUACGCUACAGAGAAGAAACAGACCAAAGUCGAGUUUCCCGAGGCCCGAAUAUUUGAAGAGACCCUCAAUAUUCUCAUCUAUGAGAACAGCCGAGCGUCUGGUCCCGGAGGGCUGCACCUGCUGGACUCCAGGGGCCCGGGGUCGUCGCUGGGCGCCGGCCAGUCGGAGGAGGAGGGCGGCGCUGUGGGAGGAGACCGGCGAGUGAGGAGGAUCCACGUGAGGAGGCACAUAAUGCACGACGAAAGGCACGGCCAGCAAACUGUGUAUAAAGACUAAUAAUGUGAAGAUAGU